AUAAUUUAAAAUGCCAUAUAAAAUAAAACAGUGUGUUCGUAAUGAGUCUAGUGAAGUUGUUAGUUUGUUAUUAAGUGCAAAAAAGAAUAAUGAGGAUGAGGAUAUUGCAACCAGCUCCAGUCAAAAUGAUUUUAGUGAAGCAAAUAACAUAAAACAACAAAGAUAUAACAUAGAAUUGGUCAUCCCACAACAGCCAUUUCAAACAAUGGAGGAUAUUUUAAAUUUUGAAAAACAGCUACAGGAAGAUCCAAAUUUGUUUGCUUCAUUCGAAAUGGAACUCAAAACUGUUGGAAAAAAGCCCAACUUUACCAAAAAUUGUUGGAGAAAAUUAUUGGUCGAUAAACUGGCGGAAAAACUGUGCUGGAAAGGGACGGAGCAAAAUAAAAGUGUACGCAGCCUAAGUACAUCGAAAUCAAUUAGAAAUGCUGCAAUUUCUAUUGGAAUCGAAGAGGAUGAAUUCAUCCGGAACACAAAGUCUUUCUUCCAAUUUGCCAAAAACCGCCAAGAAAGCAAAGAAAAAUAUAAAUAA